CCAUGUGGGGCUUUAUCAGCCCAUGAGCUCAGCCUGACCCCGGUGGGAACCUUUCGAUUGGCUGGGAAGUGCUGGUAAUCCUAUGGAAAACGUACUCGAGGAGAGGAUGAGAAACCCCGGUGGUGUCAUGGUACUGCAUCCCUGGUCCCAAACCGCAGUAGCUGUCAGGAGAUACCUUGGGUUUGUGUGGCGUGGCUGCGUUGCGGCGCCCGUGCGGCCUACCCAUGAGCUCGGACUUCCAGCAUUACAGUUUCAGGAUGCCGAACAUCGGGUUCCAGAACCUGCCUCUCAACAUAUACAUCGUGGUCUUCGGCACGGCCAUCUUCGUCUUCAUCCUCAGUUUGCUCUUCUGUUGCUACUUGAUCAGGCUCAGGCAUCAAGCACACAAAGAGCUCUACGCCUACAAACAGGUCAUACUCAAGGAGAAGGUGAAGGAGCUGAACCUACACGAGAUCUGUGCCGUGUGCCUGGAGGAGUUCAAGCCCAAGGACGAGCUGGGGAUCUGUCCCUGCAAACAUGCCUUCCAUAGGAAGUGCCUCAUCAAGUGGCUGGAGGUGCGCAAGGUCUGCCCGCUCUGCAACAUGCCAGUGCUGCAGCUGGCGCAGCUGCACAAGCAGCAGGACCCCGGCCCCCCCCAGGGCCCCCUGCCCGGGGCAGAGAACAUCGUAUAGCUGCAGCAUCCCAUGGACCGCCCCCCGGGAACACCGGGACAGCACCGAGGGAC